UAACCAAAGCAUAUCAUUGGCUAAACUAAGGUCUUGUCUUUUCAACAAAAAAAUGUAGAACGUUGGUCUUAAAGAAGAUACAACAGUGGUGGCAGCCUGGCAGGGAAAUGAAUAUACAUAUCAUGCUGCCAUAUGGCAACACCAUGCAGUAGAGGGUUAUGCUACCCCUGAGCACGUUUUGUUUGAUUUUCAAUUUUUGAUAAUUUGGUAAAAAUAUUAGUUUGCAAUAAUAAAGUAAAUGAUUUUUAAGACACAUUUUUUGAGUGCCUUGAACUGAAUUAUUUUUUUUGCUGCUUAUUAUAAAACAUUGUCUUAAAGAUAGCCCACUGGUUUGUAGCACAAGCAGUUUUGCUGUUUACUGCACUAUUUGUCUCGCUUUAAAUGGAGUAAAAUAUAAGCAUAUCAACCCAGAACAUCAGACUUUUGAAAGGUCCAGACUGACAGACUCUCAUUGUCAAUUAUUUGUCUAUAACGGUUUAGUCUUGCCUUUUAAAAUAUUUUCUGUUCCCACAUGUCUAAGCACAAAGCAGACCUCUUCCUCUGUCUGGUCUCCCGGCUAAGUCAUUAACAGGUCAUGAACUCUGACCUUCACCCGUCCACAUCUAUAAAGUUUACCAUCUUAACUAGAAUUGGCUUGCCUCCUAUGCAAAUCUCAUCUCCUCCCUCCUGCUCCUCCUUCAGACAUACAGCAUCAGACCUCCAUUUGAUAUUUUCUGCAACUACUCACUGUAAUUUUGCCCAUGGCUGCACCUAUCAAAGAAAUGUUGUUCUGAAUUUGCCCUUUAAACUGAACGAGAAUGCUUUGAACUGCCUACAGACCUCGAGGGCCUGCAGGAAAUGCCCUGAAGGUCUCUCAGCCGGCUCUUUUAUACUCUCUUCUGAACUUCCCGCGCUUUCAAGUGCAGAUCUUUCGUCUAAAAUAUAGACAAACGUUCCUUACUCCUCCUGUGCUGAUGUUUUACAAAUGUCAGUCCUGGUCGUGAGUGCCAUCUAUCAAGUUUAUCAAGUGUUCAGAAUCGCUUGGCAACGCAGCAACAAUAUAUUAAUGCCGAUUUAAGCGCGACGGCGGCCUCACCUCCAGCCCUCCCGGGCCCCCGCUUUGUGUUCAGUCACAAUGGCGCGUUUCCCAGCGACCGUUCAAACCCGCCUGAGCGCAGCGCGAGGGGCUGCACCCUCUGUGAAGAGCCACCGACGCUGAAAACUGUUGCCAAAUUGUCUUUGAGCCCCCCAACGGACUGUCAAAGAUGUAAAGAACAACGCUAUAGGCUACUUACUGAGAUAAUCUUCGUAAAGUAACUACUUUAGACACACUGGAUUAAACGAUCUAUAAGGAUGUUGGGAUCAUUGCCCUGAUUGGAAUACUGUCCUUCUGGUCUUCAGAUGGAAAUUCUGGGCUUUGUAUAUGAAGAGACACUUUAAACCAAUGACAUUCUUUCCCUGCAAAGAAGGCAUCCUGACUCUGUCCAAUUGGAUUGGUUUUGAUUGCUUAGCAAAUUUUCCUUUUUGUUUCUUCUUCACGUGUUGAUUCUUUUCACCUUCCCUCUUUAUUUACACUGCUGGAAGGUUUGUCUCUCUGCUGUGCGGGAGGACACGGUGGGUCAAACAUGUCUACCAAGGCUCCCAUAUACUUAAAACGACGAAGCCGCAAAGGAAAGAAGGAAAAGUUGCGUGAUGUUCUUUCAUCUGACAUGAUCAGUCCUCCGCUUGGAGACUUCAGACACACUAUCCACAUCGGCAGUGGUGGAGGCGAUGAUGAUCUUUUCGGUGACCUGUCUUUCCUACAAGGUAAAUUUCACCUGCUACCUGGACAACAAGGUCACCAUGGGUCAUUCCAACUAAGUCGUACGGCAAGUGUAUGCAGUCACCCAGCAGUCAGUGAGGGAUCACCUCUGCUGAAGAAUGCCCUGUCACUCCCUAUUAUUGGAGGGGUGCAGGCGCUCACCCUUCCAUCAGCAGCGACGUUGAACACAGAGGUCCCAACAACCUUGACAAAAACCCAAUCGCCCUCAACAUCGCCAUCUCUCGCUCCACCUCCCAAACCUCCCAGACUGCACCUGGAAGAGAGAAGCAUCACACGACAUGCAUCCCUUCCUGCAUCUCCAAACCACUCUUCACUGCAUUCAAACACACACAGGCCAAGGCCUGAUACUAAGAAAGAUGAGAAGUGUGUAAAGGAUGCAGACGAGGAGGAAACGCCAUAUCUGUCCAAUGCGGGAUCUAUGCUUUCCCUCCAUUUGGACUUGGGGCCAUCAAUUCUAGAGGAUGUGUUGCAGAUCAUGGACAAGCAGAGAACGGGAACGUUCAAUGGGGGACUUGCACCCAGCGGACGACAAGGAAUAUAUACCUGAUAUUGAACACGAAGAAAUGAGUCAAAGGUGCAUAUAAGUGGGAAUUAUUCUUGAUGUUCUGUAACAAGAUAUUUACCAGCUGUUUUACCAGCUUUUCCUGCGGAUUUGGAUUUUUUUUACCAUUAUACAUGUAAUCUUUGCAAAAUACUCUUGUAAGGUCCAGGAUUUGUACUGUUAAUCCAUUGUUUUAUUGAACUUCUUCGUACUCGAAUAUAUUGUUUUAAUUCAUCUCUGUUAGACUGUAUCAUGAUUUUUUUUAAAUGGUACCUAUUAGGUGUUUUUAAGCUUCCUGAGACCCUCAUUCAGGUAAUCUUGGACUGGUUAUGUUAGCAUGAAUCAGAGUGCAAUUACCAUGGCCACAUUUGCCCCAACAAAUCAAUCUAAGGGAGAGAAAAUAGCAGUUUUUCAAAACCGUGAGCCUGAUGCGAAAGCAUUCUCGAAGAUAAACAAACCUUGAAGUAGUACCUUUUAUAGGAAGAAUUUUGUAACCUAUUCACCCAAACAUUUUCCUAGUAUACCAACCAAAUUCCUGGAGACACACCUAAACUAAACAUUUUCAAAUAUCUUCCAAAUCAAACACACUCAUUAGAGUAGAUUCUAAGACUAUAAUUCAAUGGGUCAGAAUAGGGAGACAUCCAUAAUGUGUACUGUUGGUGUACCUCUAGGAACAGCAUUGAGAAAUACUGACUUAAGUUUUUAAGUGCACUUUUUAGGAGUAGAGUACAAAGUAGUUUUUAAGGGUGCUACACCAGUUCUGUAAAACACGCUUCAGAUGUCUUGUCCAUGAACUGUUGGCUGACAUUCGAAAGGCACACUAAAUUGUUUUAUAGUCAUUAUCGAAUUGGUGGAAUUCUACAGGAUAUCAGGAUUGUCAUGUUUUUAAUGAGGUUCUGUUCAGUACAGUACAGUCUGUUUCCACUGUCAAAAGUGGUAAACCUUACCACUUUUGGCACCCAUUUCAAUGGUUACCUAGCAUAUCAGUACUCUGCCAAAAGCAUGGAGCUACACACUCUACUGAUCGGUAUCUUGGUUUAUGGAAAAUUUUGAACAAUACGGAACAACACCACUAGAAUCUCAUUUUGAAAUACACAGCAGAGACAAUGCAAUGUUGGUCUUGGGAGAAACCAUGGUCGACCUAAGUUCAAACAAAGUUUGUCUGCUUGAAGACAAACAGCCAUGUGCCAAAAAGCAAGAAAGUGAUUUGGUGUAUGUCCUCUAUUGUUGUUUUUGAGACUGCAUGGAAAAGUUGUAUGGAUUUGCCACACAUGUAUAUGUGAAAUAAUGAACUUUAGUGAGCCCAAGAUGCAAAUGUAAAUGUCUUGAGCAAACUUUAUUGAAGUGAUAAUGACAUUCAUUGCAAAUUUCUGCUGUACGUCAAGCCUAGCAAGUAAGAGUACUUUUGGCAGUGCAAACAAAAGCCUGAUUAGCCCAAUCACACAGUUCCUUCAUGCUGUCCCAACUUAAUUGAUUUUACAAAUUGAAGUGGAUUGAAGAUAAAAACUAUUAAGUUGCGCCCAAAACAAUCUCAAGAAUUGUGUUGUUUCAGCUCCUUUUAAAUAAGUAGAUUGAACAAACUAUAUUAUUUUGAAUUUACCAAACUUAAUGCGCAGUUCAGAAUCUUCCUAGAAGUAGUGGGUCAUCAGGGUAUCUCUUGCCUACUGUUUUUUUUAAUACUAUGAAUGCAGAGCACUACUUGCUUUACAUUAAAACACGUUUAUUGUAGUUACACUGACUUCACUUGUGAACAAAACAAACUGUGAUUGCUUUUUCAUGUCAGUCAGAGGCAGUGAGAGGCCAGUGAAAGUGAUCAGUCUGAGUAUCUGACAAUGUGAGACUGUUGUAUCCUAAAGGUACCAUUUUUUUAUGUUAUUGUUUCCCCCAUACGUGUAUUUGGACUACAAGAAAGACACAUUGUGGCUUUAUUUCAACUCUUAGAUAUAAUUGUAAAAAUUUGACAGCAAUCAAGAAAGCCUGUCAAAAACGACUUUCAUUGUGCAUUUGCAUAAUUACAGCACAACAGGCCUCCUGGAUUCACCACAGAAAAAGGAAAAUCUGACAUUUUUCUCUUUCAAAGCAGCAAUGACAUCAUCUCCCCCCUCUGUGUUUUGCAAUUUGUGUAAUCGGGUAAAAAUGUGGAGCUCCUCCCUAAUGAUCUGGACACACACACAUACACGUGCCAGAAGGCCUCUGCAUGCGUCUACACCCUGCCAUGACAACUUUCUGGUUUUGUUUGGAGUAGUUUUUAUUGUUCAGAAACAGAAUGCAAGGAGUUUUUUUUUUUAAUCAAGUGUCAGAAAUGUGAAAUGGUUUCCUUUCAUGCACACUUUUUUUUCUUGGAGUUUGGUUGUUGUUGAAGUGCAUGCACUCCCUCAGGCUUUGACAGAUGAUCACUUUCCAGGCAGCGGUAGUUUUUCUUUUCUCUGACUUGAGCCGUGGGGCCUAAAAAGGGCUUGUGUUACCUUGGUAUCCCCCAUGUAACCCAGCACAUGUGGGGUUCAUACACUCCAUGCUUUCAGCUCACAGAUAUGGAUUUCAGUAUUGUGUUUCAUGUCAGGUUAUAAAUUGAAAUAAGUAACUUACCACAAAGUGCAUCAAACUGUCAGCAAGAGGAUGUCUUUAAAAAAAAAGCAAAUAUUAACAGAAAUGUGUCGCAAUCAGCUGUAUAUGAUGCUACCUUUGCACAAACAGCAAUAAGGAACCUACUGUAUUCAUCAACUUAAUAGGUCUCAUACUUUUAUAUAUUCUUAUUUAACACACUAGUCUACAAAAUCAAUUCUGAUUCAGAAAGUAUUUUGAUCUUUCUUUAAAGAAUUCUUGAUUUCUUAUUUAUUUUUGGUUCUAGUGAAUUGUAUCCUUAACUUGAGAAUUGAAUUUCCAAAGCUGAAUCUAUUUACAUAAUCAUAGCUCUGUGCACUUAACUCCAUUCUUGAUUGAAAUCUCAUCUAAUGACAGAUUUUAUGUAGAAACACUUUGAAUAUGUGGCCUUUCCAUUUGGCCAGUACUUAUUUUUGCAAUCAUAAUGACAAAAUGCAUUAUAUUAGAUAUUAUCAACCUGAACAGGGCCCUGAAUGCUAGACAUACAGUGUAAUGAAUGCAUUUUAGUACUAAAACAACUUUUUUUUUUUUUAUUCUAAAACUAGUCCUUACAUUAACCAGAAAUGUGUUUCCUAAACUGUUCCUAUUGUCACUUUACUGCUCAAAUCAUUUACUACAGUGGUCCCCAACCGCCGGGCCGCACAAGAAAUCAUUAAUUAUAUUUGUUUUAUUUAAUAUCCGAGUCAGAAUGAUCUAUUAUUUUGAUAAAAAAUGACCAUAUUUUCUCGAGUACAUCUCGGUCACCUGACCACCAAAACUUAACCCACUAGCUAGCAAAAUGAGUUAGAAACAGACGUCUGUACGAAGGGGAAAAGGCACAUUUAGGACCCACGAACUGCCAGGGUAUAGAUCCACAAGCUAUUUUUCAACUAAUCAGGUGAAUCCAGCUUGUCUGUGCAAGAAAAAGAUCAACUGCUGGAGAUUGCAAACGAUGGCGGCUGUUCAUGUCACGGCUUUUCCAAAUGCAAGUUCGUUAUUUCCAAUGGAGAUGCAUAUUGAGAGCGAUGCGCACAAAGCCCCCAGUUAAAAAGACCUCAAGUUUUCAGAUUGUUAUGAGCACACCAUGAGUCACGUGACAAGAUCUGACCAAUCACCUUUGAAUAGAAAUACAAAUUUCAGUAGGCUAACGUUCGAUUCGGUAGCUAUACAUCCGAUGUAUCUGUUACCUACUACAUGCUGUCAAUAUCCUUUCUUCCAAGUGCGAAAUUAAAAAAAAAUCUGUUGUCAGGCCUUCACACAAAAAGAAUGUUUCACUCUAUUUAUUCUCUGCUAAAACCAGCUAACGUUAACUCGGAUUCCCCACAAAUGGCGGCUAGAUGCAUAAUGCAACUCGGCGUUCACGAGGGUGACGUCAAAGACCAAUUAAAGGACCCAUGAACUGCCAAGGAAUGGAUCCGCAACCUAUUUUUGUCAACAAAUCUGGUGAAUCCAGCAUGUCUGUGAAAGAAGAUGAUCAACUGGCCGUAGAUCGCCAUUCAUAUAUUGCGUCUUUCGUGCGCACGUUUUUAAUUUCCAAUGGAGGCUCACAUAUUGGGAGUGCAUGGCACCCAGUAAAAACACCUUAAGAAUUUGGAAUACUGCAAGUCACUUGACAAGGACUAAUCAAUCAGCUUUGAAUGGAAUAUACAAAUUUCGGUAGAAUAAUCCGAUUUGGUAGACAAACAUCAUCUGCAUCUGUUGUCUCCUACAUGCUGUCAUAUCCUUUCCUCCAAGUGGGAAAUUUUAAAAUUUCUGUCGUAAUAGUUCUUUUUUUAACCUUUUCAAUCAUGUUAUUUACCAUUACAGCCCUUCCCAUGACAAGAACACUACACUCUAUUUAAGUGUGAAAGAUGCUAAAAUCUUAUAAAAGCUAAUGCUAACUCGGGUACCCCACAAAUGGCGACUAGACCCAUAAUGCAACGUGACGUCACCUGAGAAAGCGAUUGAAGGACCCACAAACUGCCAAGGAAUUGAUCCGCAACCUAUUUAUCAACAAAUCAGGUAAAUCCAGCAUGUCUGCAAGAAGAUGAUCAUCUGCUGAAGAUCGCAAAUGACCGUAGAUCGCCGUUUACAUAUCGCAUCUUUUCCCGCGCUCAAUUUCGUUAUUUCAAAUGGAGGCACGUAUAUUGGCAGCGAUGCGCACGUGGCACCCAGUUAAAAACAUCUCAAGUAUCUGAAAUACCGCGAGUCACUUGACAAGAACUGACCAAUCAGCUUUACACUUUGUAUGGAUUAUACACAUUUCGGCAGACUAAAUAUCUCAGAGAAACAUUGCGCUGUUUAAUUUGCUCCAUAAAACAUUUGUAUCAGAGUUGCAGCAAUGUUUUGUCAGCUUGUUAUCCUCCGAGAAAGUUGUUGAUGAUAGCCUAGCAAUCUAUGCACACCCAAGACCCCUGUCUCCACUCGGGUCCUGGUAGAAUUGUCAAGCAAUGGUUGGUCUGUGGUGAUAAAAAUGUUGGGGACCACUGAUGUAGAAUAUGAAAAUAUCUUUACAUUUUGUCAUUUUUCGUAGUUACAUUAGUACAGUUUGUAUUAGCUUAGCACGACAUGUAUAACUCUUCUUAUAAGCUAUGUUAAAAAGGGUGAUCAGGGUUACUUUAUAAUUUUGCAUCACUGAAGCACAAUAACUACAAAUAAAUAAAUAUCUUUUCAGCCAUUCAAUAAAUAGAUAGAUAAAUUGACGUAAAUACAGAUAGCUGGAUUUAAUGCCAACAACCAACCACAUGCCUUAAUAAGCAUCUCUACUUAACAUAAAUACUGUGAUCAUUCACAUUGACUAUUAAUGCUUUUUUCAGUUUGCGACAAAUAUAGCCGUGGAUUAUUACUUGGGUUUUUGUUGAUUAAUCUCAAAAUGUGAUGUUCCCACAUUGAUGACCAUGCUAAUUUCAUGAACACAUCCAUUCCUGAUGGACUUUUUUUCUUCUCGAAACUGCAGCAUGUGUUCAGGCUGAAAGGGAAGCAGCAGCAUCUGGAAUAUUUUAGCGUUGCUGCUUUAUCAAUGAAAGUGAAUCAUUAAUCACUUCGUCUACACAUAUGAAGCCUGCAUGCUUCAUGCGCCUCUGUUUCACAACUGCACAUGAGGACGUUUUUAUUGGGAUUUAUCAGAUUGUAUACUGGAUGUUAACUGAAUGUUUGCUGCUGCUGUACAUAUUACAAUAGACUUAUACAAUAGGACAGAAACAAAAUGGUAAAUAAAUGCCCAUUUACAAAA